GUUUACGUGUUAAUUUCUUAAACAACUACGCGAACGAAAUAAAAACCCAAACAAAAUGGAAUACGAAAGCGUACUCUUAGUUAAACCUGAAGUAUUCAUAUAUAAAAUUCCUCCAAGAGCUAAUAAUCGUGGUUACAGAGCUGCUGAUUGGAAUUUGGGUGAACCAACAUGGACCGGACGCAUGCGUUUGGCUGCCAAGGGUACAUCCUUGAAUCUUAAACUAGAAGAUAAAACAACUGGUGCUCUCUUUGCUAAUUGUCCCAUCGAUACAUAUCCGGGUGUGGCCAUUGAAUCGGUAUCGGAUAGUUCACGUUAUUUUGUAAUUAGGGUUCAAGAUGAUAAUGGACGUUCCGCUUUCCUUGGCUUAGGUUUUGGUGAUCGUUCCGAUUCGUUUGAUUUAAAUGUUGCCCUACAGGAUCAUUUUAAAUGGGUGAAAAAUCAAGAACAAAUCGAAAAAGAAAAAACUCAACCAAAACAGGAAUUAGAUUUAGGUUUUAAGGAGGGUGAAACAAUUAAAAUUAAUAUGAGAAUAACGAAAAAAGAUGGCUCUGAAGGUACCAGUCGUACAAAAGCUAAAACUGGUACUGGCAUUUUACCACCACCUCCAGGCGGUUUAGGUAAAAUAGCACCACCACCAUCUGGUGCCAGUACAGUACGUCAAAGUCCGGGUACCUCACCAGCUCAUAGGGUAUCUGGCAAUGCCACGGAAUGGACAGAUUAUGCCUCAGCUGGCUCUACGCCAGCUCAAAAUCAACAACAACAACAAAGCUCAUCAAAUGCUAACUGGGUGCAAUUUUAAUUCUUAGCCUA